UUCAGCCAUCUUGCAUUCACAACCGUCAAUAUUUCCGAAUUUCACAUUUGGUUAUCAUAAAUAUUUGCAGGGAUGCCUGCAGAUAUUCUCAUUUGCGGGAAUUGUCAAGAGACUUUUCAUUCCCUGGAUACCUUUGUCAUUCAUAAGCAGAAUGUGUGUAUAGAUGGCACUGUUGUUGAACUCAGCAGUCCCAAUGUCUUGGAGGAUGCACAGCCUGGAGAAGCAGUUGUGGAGUCACAACCUGGAGGAAUCAUAGGGGAUCCUGAGGAUGUGACAGAUGACACAAGAUUGGUUGAAUUUGAUCAGACAGCUGUUCAGCUUGUACAAGAUGGCAGCUCACAACAUCAUCAAGAACAAAUAGGUCCCAACCUUCAAUUUGAGAUGAUUACUGAACAGGAUCUGGCUGAGGGCUCAGUAGAGAAGGUCUCCAUUGUUAUACGACCAGUCAGUAAUGAACCAACAUCUGAAAUUACCAAUGAAUCUAUGGCUCCACCUCCUAACCCUGGUAGAAGACGUGGCAGACCACGGAAAGGGGAAGAGAAAACCACAACUCCAAAAGCUCAAAAGCCAGAAGUAGUCGAAAAAACACCAGAAAUUGAUGAAGAUGGCAAGAUACAUUGUCCAAGAUGUAAGAAGUCAUUCCACAGAGCGCGUCAUUUUACCAGCCACAAGUGUAUGGCUAACACAGACUACAUUGACAUCUCAAAGAGGUCUGCCAUCAAGGCAGAAGAUGACCCUGGCCCAAUUGAUGAAAAGGAACUUGAUGAAAUUGAAGAUGAUAUUGACACUGAUAACACUGCUGACUUUAUACAAGAACCUGCAACACCAGUCAUUGGGAGAAAACGUGGACGUCCUCCAAAACACGGAAAAACACCACCAGACAGACAAGCUGCUCAAUCAGACAGCGUAACAAAUGAACAAACUGAACAUGAACCUGAACAGCAAAGAAAGAAGUUGAAAAUGGGAGAUAAAGAGAAUACAGAGGCUUCUGAUAAUCAACAGAUGGAACUGAAUCCUGAAAAUCUGAACCCUCUACCUAAAGAUGUCUUGCUGGAGCCUCAAACAGUUGAACAGGUACCUGAUGUUCCUGUGUUCAGUGACGAAACAGACAAAGCUGAGUUUGAAGAAAGUGUUAAUGUUGACUUGAAAGCCCUCGACUACAUGUUCCGUACACACACCAUAGAGCAAGACACAAAUGAUAAGGCUCCACCACUCACAGGACGAUGCACCAGCAAUUUGGAUAUCUAUUCCUGUAAUGACUGUGAUAAGAUCUUCACCUCUAUUACACAUAUGAGGCUACAUUGUCUCGUACACACGGGUCUCAAGCCUUUUAAAUGUAGUAAAUGUGACUUUGCAUCUAAUUCUAAAGGUAACCUCUAUACUCAUAUGCGGAAACAUACUGGGCAGUUCUACAAAUGUCGGGCAUGUGACUUUAAAAGUGUCAAUAAGAGCCAUCUGGUGGAGCAUGAGUCGACUCACACUGCCCAGAAAGAAACAUGUGAAAUAUGCCACAAGAACUACAAUACUACAAAGUCAUUAUGCAACCAUGUCAGGAAGUACCAUCAAAAUACAACUAGGGGAAAAGAAUAUUUGGCAACUUUCAAACAGCGUAAAUAUGCAACAACUGGUGGAGCAGCUGUACUACAUCAGUGUCACAUCUGCAACAGGAAAUUCAAGAAAAAGAUUGAUCGUGAUCGCCAUCUAUUUGUCCAUAACAUCCGUGACGUGCCAAAUGUGUUCUGUUGUGGGUUUUGUAACUACACAUCUAGUAGGAAGACACAUUUAGAGAAUCAUAUGAAGAAACACAGGGUUAUUUACAGGUGUGUACAGUGCACUGAGCAGUUCCUGAGUUCUAUCCUAUUGACCAAACAUCUGAUGGAGACCCACUUGGAGCAGUCAGAUAUAACACAUGAGGAGUUGUUUGAGAAGUGCAUAGGUCACAGUCUCUAUCUCCCUGAAGGUGAUGGCUCACUGGACCAAGGAAUUCCAUACUCUCAAAUGGUUAAUUCAGGUGAACAAGCCCCAAAUGAGGGGGAUCAAGAAACUAUGAACCAAGACCAAGAAACUGACCACUCAAAUUAUGUGAGAACUGAGGAAAAUCUAGAAACUGCUGAAAAUAAAAAGGAAAGAGAAGUGGUCAUUAUGGCAGACACAACUAUCACUUCUAAGCCUGGGACUGAAUUUACAACAUGUACAAUUAGUGGUAGUGAGAUUGUCUUCACAAAUCAACAAGAAAGUACCUCACAAUUGACUGAAGAUCCAACGAAUUCUUGUGAGCAUACGGCAGAUGCCCCAGGAGAUCCAAUUAAUACACAAGUAGACCCCAUAAAUGCCUCAGAGGAUUCUGUAAAUGUACCAGAAGAUGCCAUAAAUUCCUCUGGAGAUCUGCAAAACACUUCUGUGGAACCAUCGGACACAAAUGGAAACACUGACCACACUAAUACGGAUCAAUGUCAACACAGUAAUCCAGUGAAUUCUCCCACAGAUAAAACUGCUGAAUAUUCCAAUAUUGACAUAAACGACCAAUCAAAUGUCACGCUCCUUCAACAUCUUCAGACGCAAGAGGCGACGCCACAAAUCACUGCCACUGAUUCAACCAAUGAGACUCCUAGCAAAGAGGACUUGUAUGAGAGAGUGGGGUAUCGAGUGAUGACUGUGGAGAUAUUUGAAAAGUUGAGGUUGAUGUUUGGCCAAGAGGAAUGCCAAUAUUGUGGAAGACUGUUCUAUAAUAGGUCUGAGUAUGAGCCUCAUGUCAGAACACACACAGGUGACAAACCCUAUGCCUGUGAUAGAUGUAACUACCGGUCCAUCACACGGGACAACCUACGUCGUCAUGUUGAAAGGGAGCACGAUAAUGUCAUCCUAAAGUGUGGCGAAUGUGACUUCACAGCAAAUAAUCGCACUGCUCUCUGGAAUCAUCAACAGUUCCAUAAACCUGAAAUUGGUCAUAAUCCAUGUACACUGUGUGAUUUGAUUCUCACUAGUCAUGAAGAACUCAAGGAACAUCUCAUGGCUCAACAUUCUGAACUGACACCUGAAGAAAUCAAUAAAUUGUCUGCCAGAAACAUGGUUAAUGUCUCUAGUGGCAAAAUAGGCCGGAGAGUAUAUAAGUGUCCAUACUGUGACAAACCAUACCAGAACAAAGAUCUGCAAAAACACAUCUGGAUACAUGAGGGUAUCAAACCAUUUAAAUGCCCAAAAUGUCCUCACGCUUGUCGUAGUAAGAAUAACUUGGCCAAUCACAUGAUUAGACAUUCCUCUGAGAAGCCAUUCCUCUGCCCCCAUUGUGGUAAAGCGUACAAGUCCAGGACUGCUAUGAGGUGGCAUGUACGCACACACAAAGAUGGAAAGAUAUUCAAAUGUCAAAAGUGUAGCUAUGAAGCCAUUCAGAAAAGCCACCUCCAGCGCCACAUGGAAACACAUGACAUCCAGAAACGUUACAUGUGCAGCCACUGUGACUACUCGGCCAAUACAGUAGGCUACAUGAAGGCUCAUUACACUAAGUUCCACAAAGGUGUAACAUUCAACCAAAGAAUGAUGAUGGAGAACCAUAAUACAUCAAAUCAAUUGUCCACAUUGAACCCUGACUCAAGGGUGUAUAAAUGUGUCAGCUGUGACUACCUCUUCGGAAAUCUCUCAGAUAUGAGACGCCAUUUGAAGAUACGUCACCAGAUUCAAGUCUAUGACAUCUCUGAACUUCAAGAAGCACCAAAUGUCCCAGUUGCUAUAGCAACAGAAGAGGUGGCAGCCAAUCAGAAUCAAGCAGUCCAGGUGGAAGAAGGGAAUUCUGUACUUCAUGGGUUCAGUACACAAGAGGAGACUGAUGCUACAUUGGCCUUACAGGCUCUACAAAACUCAGGGGCCACUGCCACAGAGAUAGAUGACCAAACUGCAGUUAAUCUCCUACAACAAAUCAUAGAUAUGCAACAACAAUCCCAGGUUCAGCAAGUUAUUAUGGAACCUCAGAAUGCUAUGGUUGCAGUGAACCCUGAGACAAUCAUUGUACAAGAUGAAAAUUCUAGUGAGGAGGUUGUGGUGUCAACAUCUCCAGAAACAACCAAUCAAAAUCAGUACGUUAUUCAGUAUGUCACACCCCAGGGGGAACAUAUUGAAGUGUCAGACGCGAGCACUGUUGUCAGUAGUGAUGUAAUAGAGACCACUGGUGUCAUAGAAACAAGUGAUGUCAUACAAACUCAUAAUGUAAUAGAGACCAGUGAUGUUAUAGAGAAUGAUAGUGUUAUAGAGACAGACGAGAUGUCAGAAAUUCCAGAUCCUGAAACAGGAGACUUGCAAAUAUCUGAAAUAAAUAACUGA